GAGCGAUUCCGGCUGUUAGUGAGGCAUUCCGGACCUGAAAACCCAGGAUGGACUAGUGUCUGUCCCAGAGAUCACUGCAGGAGUUGUGAGGGGCCCUGGGUGUCGCCAGCUUGAGCCAGGUUCCUGGGCACUUGCUCUGUCACUGCCUGUGGUCAUCCUGGACCAUCAACGAGGAGGGAGAGUGUCUCUUUGAAGAGAGCGUGGUUCCUUAUUCCAGACACUGGCUUCUUCCUGUGACUUGGAGAUAGCACCAAUAGCAUGCCUCCUCCCAGAACGAAGGAGGGCGGGGAUCCCCGAGGCCGACACUGGGAUCCCGGUGAGGAGGAGGCCCCCGAGAAAUGGGACUGGAAUUGUCCAGAGACACGUCGCCUCUUCGAGGAUGCCUUUUUCCGCGAUGAGGAUUAUAUACGCCAGGGUUCUGAGGAGUGCCAGAAGUUCUGGGCCUUCUUUGAACGCUUGCAGAGAUUCCAGAGUCUCAAGGCCACCAGCAAGCGGGAGAAAGACCCCGUGUGUCGCAAGCACAGCGUCCCAGCCCUGGCUGACCUGCCUCGCACUUACGACCCACGCUACCGCAUCAACCUCUCGGUCCUGGGCCCCGACACCCGCGGCUCCCGGGGGCUGGGCAGGCAGCCCCCGGAGAGAGUUGCCGAGUUCCGCCGAGCCCUGCUGCACUACCUCGACUUCGGCCAGAAGCAGGCGUUCGGGCGGCUGGCCAAACUGCAGCAGGGGCGGGCGGGGCUUCCCAUCGCCCAGUACGGGAACCGCAUCCUGCAAACGCUGAAGGGGCACCAGGUGGUGGUGGUGGCCGGGGACACGGGCUGUGGCAAGUCCACUCAGGUGCCCCAGUACCUGCUGGCCGCCGGCUUCAGUCACGUGGCAUGCACCCAGCCCCGGCGGAUCGCCUGCAUCUCCCUGGCCAAGCGUGUCAGCUUUGAGAGCCUCAGUCAGUAUGGCUCCCAGGUUGGCUACCAGAUCCGCUUUGAGAGCACGCGGACGGCAGCCACCAAGAUCGUGUUCCUGACGGUGGGGCUGCUCCUGAGGCAGAUCCAGCGGGAGCCCAGCCUGCCCCAGUACCAGGUCCUGAUAGUGGACGAAGUCCACGAACGGCACCUCCACAACGACUUCCUCCUGGGUGUCCUCCGGCGCCUGCUGCCCAAGCGGCCGGACCUCAAGGUCAUCCUCAUGUCGGCCACCAUCAACAUCUCGCUCUUCUCCAGCUACUUCGGUGGUGCUCCCGUGGUGCAGGUGCCUGGGAGGCUGUUCCCCAUCACGGUCGUGUACCAGCCACAGGAGGCGGAGCCAGCAGCGUCCAAGUCCGGGAGGCUGGACCCUCGGCCUUUCCUCAGGGUGCUGGAAGCCAUCGACAGCAAGUACCCCCCCGAGGAGCGGGGCGACGUCCUCGUCUUCCUCAGUGGCAUGGCAGAGAUCAGCUCGGUCCUCGAGGCUGCCCAGACCUACGCCGGCCGCACCCAGCGCUGGGUGGUGCUGCCCCUGCACAGCACCCUCUCCGUGGCCGACCAGGACAAGGUAUUUGACGUGGCCCCCCCUGGAGUUCGGAAAUGCAUCCUCUCCACCAACAUCGCCGAGACUUCUGUCACCAUUGAUGGGAUCCGCUUUGUAGUCGAUUCUGGGAAGGUGAAGGAGAUGGGCUAUGACCCGCAGGCCAAGCUGCAGCGGCUGCAGGAGUUCUGGAUCAGUCAGGCCAGCGCCGAGCAGCGGAAGGGCCGGGCCGGCCGCACAGGCCCCGGGGUCUGCUUCCGCCUCUAUGCUGAGUCCGACUACGACGCCUUCGCCCCCUACCCUGUCCCGGAGAUUCGGAGGGUGGCGCUCGACGCGCUGGUGCUGCAGAUGAAGAGCAUGAACGUGGGGGACCCGCGAACCUUCCCUUUCAUCGAGCCCCCACCACCAGCCAGCCUGGAAACGGCCAUCCUCUACCUCCGGGACCAGGGGGCCCUGGACAGCUCCGAGGCCCUCACCCCCAUCGGGUCCCUACUGGCCCAGCUGCCGGUGGAUGUUGUGAUUGGGAAGAUGCUGAUCCUGGGCUCCAUGUUCCACCUGGCGGAGCCCGUGCUCACCAUCGCGGCUGCCCUCAGCGUCCAGUCACCCUUCACCCGCAGUGCCCAGAGCCACCUGGAGUGUGCGGCGGCACGGCGGCCCCUGGAGAGUGACCAGGGGGACCCCUUCACGCUCUUCAAUGUCUUCAACGCCUGGGUGCAGGUGAAAUCCGAACGGAGCAGAAACUCACGCAAGUGGUGCCGCCAGCGGGGCAUAGAGGAGCACCGGCUGUACGAGAUGGCCAACCUGCGGCGCCAGUUCAAGGAGCUGUUGGAGGACCACGGGCUGCUGGCCCGGGCGCAGGCCGCGACACCAGGCGACAGCUACCGUCGGCUGCAGGAGCGCCGUGAGCGCAGGGCUCUGUACCACCUGAAGCGGCAGCACGAGGAGGGCGGGGGGCGCCGGCGCAAGGUGCUGCGGCUGCAGGAGGACCUGGACGGCGGCUCCAGCGACGAGGACCGGGGGCCCGGCGACGGCGUGGACAUCCAGGACGUGAAGUUUCAGCUGCGUCACAGCCUGGGUCAGCUGCAGGCGGCCACCAGCUCAGCCCAGGACCUGACGCGGGACCAGAUGGCCCUGCUCAAGCUGGUGCUGGGCCGGGGCCUCUACCCGCAGCUCGCCGUCCCGGAUCCGUUCAACAGCAGUCGCAAGGACUCGGACCAGAUGUUCCACACGCAGUCCCAGCAGGGCACUGUGCUGCACCCCACAUGCAUCUUUGCCAGCAGCCCCGAGGCUCUGCACACGCAGGAGCGGAAGGCCGGGGCCGGCCAGGCCAGCCGAGAUGACAAGGACAAGAUGAGCAGCAAGCACCAGCUCCUCGCCUUCGUCUCCCUGCUGGAGACCAACAAACCCUACCUGGUGAACUGCGUCCGUGUCCCCGCUUUGCAGUCCCUCCUGCUCUUCAGCCGGUCCCUGGACACCAAUGGGGACUGCUCGCGCCUGGUGGCCGACGGCUGGCUGGAGCUCCAGCUUGCGGAGAGUGAGAGCGCUGUCCGCCUUCUGGCAGCUUCCGUGCGGCUCCGGGCCCACUGGGAAAGCGCCCUGGACCGGCAGCUGGCCCGUGAGGCCCAGCGGCGGUGGCCAGAGGUGGAUCAAGAGGAGGAGGCGGCUCCAGUGGACCACAAGGAGGUGGCCGACCUGAGCAGGGACCUGCUGCAGUUUGCGGCGUCCAAGGUUCCCUACAGCCUCCGGCGGCUCACAGGGCUUGAAGUCCAGAACCUAUAUGUGGGACCCCAGACCAUCACCACUGCCCCCAGUCUCCCCGGCCUCUUUGGCAGUUCUCCCCUCUCCCCCCACCCCACUAAAGGGGGCUACGCAGUCACUGACUUCCUCACCUACAACUGCCUCGCGAGCGACACGGACCUGUACAGCGACUGUCUCCGCACCUUCUGGACCUGCCCCCACUGUGGCCUGCACAUGCCCCUGACGCCCUUGGAGCGCAUGGCCCAUGAGAACACGUGCCCUGAGGCCCCGCAGGACAGCCCCCCAGGGGCUGAGAAAGCCACCCCCGAGCCCCUCCCGAAGGUGUCUGCCCUGCAGCGGCCCUACCACUGCGAGGUCUGCGGGGAGGACUUCCUGUUCACGCCCACGGACGUGCUGCGGCACCGGGGGCGGCACCUGUGAGCCCCGCCUAUCGCCCCCGCCGGGCACCAGGGCCGGGCCCAGGACUCCCGCCCGAGCCCGCAGCCUGGGCCCAGCCCCGCAAGGAGGGGGGAGGAGUGUGUGAGUAAAGUCUCCUACGCGGCCUGGGCCCCGGGAGCCUGCCACCGCCGCACGCCGGCCCUCCCCGCGGUCCGACUCCCGGCAUCCGGGGCGCUGCGGGGCAGAUGGGGGCCAGCAGGGACUUCAGAUCCCAGGCAGAGGACCCUUCCCCCGCUGCUGCUCUCUCCUGCGUCUGUCCUCACGGGCCCUGCUUUUCCUCAGACUAGGGAGACCUGCGUUGUCCGUCUGCAUGAGUCGCUUCGAGAACUGGGGGGUGGGGGCGGCCCGGUCGGUGGGGGCCCACAUCUGACACGGUCCUUGGCAGUUCUCGCUUGUCCCCUCCGACCCCCCAGCCCGACCCCGCCGCACACAUGAGAACCGCGGGGAAACCCCGUGAACCCUGGAUGCUGGCAAAUCCCACGGCUCCAUUGAAAGAGAAAAGCGAAGGAUGCAGGUUCCCAAAGCUGGCUCCAGAAGGGAGAGAGAACUAUGACGUCAGCAUCGCACUAAGGCCCAGACAAGAGCCCACUGCAGUAUCCUGUGUAAACACAGACGCAAAGUCCUCACCAAAAGUUUAGCCAGGCCUAUUCCCGGGUCUGUAAAAACGGCAGUAAGUCCAUCAUGGCCAAGUGGGGUUUGUUCUAGGAACCGUGUUGGUUUAACGUUUGAAGACCAGUCAGUGGGAUUCACCAUAUUAAAAACAAAGCAUAUCGGACAAAUUUCAACACCCUGGGGCCUCGGGUAAACCCCUCGACCUCUCUGCUCUACCGUUUUUCUCUCUGACCAAUGAACACAGCCCCACUAUUUUCAAAUGGAACUCUUGGAAAGCCGUCGUAUUUUUUUCCCCCUGAGUCUGAGAGCAAUGCAUGGUUGUGUGGGGGCAGGGAUCAGAGCCUAAAUAGAAGCCACGGCAGGGGUUUUAACCAGGAAGGGGGUUACUACGGGGAUGGGCGGCUGACGACAGCCCGGGAGGCUGGAGCGGCGGGCUCUGGGCCGGGCCCUCAGGAGCGACCCCCAGGACGACAGCACAGAACCCUUGGAGGCCAACGCCGGGACCGCUGGGUGCAGGAACGCCCGGCCGGGACCCUGGGGUGUCUUCUGCAAACCCGCCCCCCACCCCGUCUCUGGAGGGGUCCGCCUGCCGGAACCUGCUCCGCGGCCAGAGUCCGGCUGCGGGGGGCGCCGCCUCCAGCCUACGCCGCCAGAGGUGAGGGGGGUCAGCCGGGCCCACCCGGGGUCCCCCUGCCCUGAGCAACACGGGCGGAAAUGGAGAAGGUGCAGAAACGCGAUGGAAGAAGAAUCCACCGCGACCGGCCUUCCCGGGCGCAGCCUCCAGCGCCUUUCUCUGCGCAUGCGUCUCCAGACUCGUACGCACUGGUCAAGGUCGUGUGGCGCCCUUGGCCGGUGGAGCAGUUCUCGGAGACAGAUCCUAAGUGUUUCCCCAGCUCGCUACACGUUCUUCCGAAAGCGGACUCUUUACAAAUGGCGGUGAAACGGCCCAAGUGUUGUGGAGACAACCCACUUGUAAAUACCCGUGUCCUGCUCUUGCGUCUCUGGGCUGCUUCGGUCUCUCUUAAUUUUCCAAACAGCGCGACAGUGGACACCUUUGUGUGCAUCGAGGGGUCUCCGCUUCUGAAUUGCCAUUUUUGAAAAGACUUUCUCCAUGAUGGGAAAUUCGGAGAAGCUGGAAAUAGUAAGAAGGGAAAAGAAUCCCCCGGAAUUCCCCGCACCCGAGAGACUCUGGGCGCCCGUGUGUUUGAUGAGCGCCGCACGGACGGCGGCGGGUCCUGUUUGCUUCCGUCCACAAGGCAUCUGCACAUAAACACGGCCCGGUUACUACCGGCGCGCCUGUCCCCUCGGUUAGUGGCCGGGCCUGCCCGGGGCCAUGACCGGCUUCCUUCCAUUCUGGUCUGGUCCCCCUGCCUCUGCACGAUGCCUCUCCCCAAACUUCGGGCCGUUUCCUUAGGGCACGUUCCCAAGAGUGCAAUUCGUCGGGCAAAAGGUGAGAGCAUCUAUGAGUGUCUCCUUCAUCCCCACCCCGUUUCACCAACCACCACCCCUGCAACCCUCAGUGUGUUCUCUAGAAGAAUCUGUUUCUUGGUUCCUCUU